CUCACCAAGAUUGGUGCUUUAGAGACGGAGCUCUAACGACUGAUAAGAGCCAGCAUAACGAUGCUUUAACCUUUACUGAAAAAAAUUUUUUUAACCCCCCGCCUGGUCCAAAUCCACAAAAAAAGAAAAAAAUAGUAAAGGCACUACAAUUAAAAAAAUUUUUUUUAAACAGAAAAGACCAACAAAAAUUUCAAAACAAAAUUAUUCGACUUGCCCCAAUACAACCAAUAUUUACUUCUGUAAAAGAAAAUCCUUUACAUUGGAAUUUUGGAAGUUUUAAUAAAAAUAUAAAAGAAAAUCCAGGAGGAUGUGGUGGAGAUGAACAACAACAACAAUUAACUUUAAUGGCAUUAGAACAAGAAAAUAAACUAAAAGCUAGUGCUGAUAAAACUAGAAAUCUACAAAUCCCAUUACCCUCAAUUCAACAACAACCUCCCCCACCUCCUCCCCAACUUUCACCUCUUCAAUUCCCACCACCCCCACCACAACUCCCACAAGCACCACAACCACUUCCACCACCUCCAUUAAUACAACCUUUUCUUCCUCUUCAAUUCCCCAAUAAUUUAUUUCCAACUUUGCCUUCUUUAAUAACAACACCUCCAUUUCAACCUACAAGCUUUGCAAACCCAUUAGAAUUGGUACAACAACACCCAGAGAAAGAAUAUCUUAAAGAAUUGGAAAAUGUUCCAGAAGAUUAUUUAGACGAACAAGAAAAUAAGGUAAAGAGAUAA